CCUCAGUGUGAUGUUAUCAUCUGGAUUAGUAACAUCUUACUGAAUAGAUUGUUAAACUGAAAGUUUUUUUACUACUAAAUUUACGUUUUAUUCAACAUUAAACGGUACGUGCGCAGUGAUUGCCAAUAUAAAUAUAGAAAACAAUUGGAAUAAAUUCAAUGUCACAAGUGAAAAAACGAGUAGAACCGAUCAUGCAAAAUAUGGAGAUUAAAGAGGACAUGCCAAAGAUUGACACCAUCAAAUUGCGAAACAAGCAUAUAGGCAAAUCCUGUCAGUUAUUCUAUAGGACUGAUCCAUUGAAAAUAGUUCGAGGUCAAGGUCAAUAUAUGUUUGAUGAGGAAGGUGUUUGCUACCUUGACUGCAUAAAUAACGUCGCACAUGUUGGUCAUUGUCAUCCAAAGGUUGUUCAAGCUGGCUCCCAUCAAAUGGCUUCCUUAUCAACUAAUAAUCGAUUUUUGCACGAUGAACUAGUGAAGUGUGCCCGAACUUUAGCCGAGAAAAUGCCCUCGAAUCUAUUAGUAUGCUUCUUUGUCAACUCAGGAUCUGAAGCCAACGAUUUGGCAUUGAGAUUGGCUCGACAGUACACUAAGCGUCAUGAUAUAAUCACAUUAGACCAUGCUUAUCACGGACAUGUGACCGCCGUAAUGGAAAUAUCUCCCUACAAAUUCAAUCAACCGGGUGGUGACCCUAAAUCAGCAACUGUUCACGUUGCACCCUGUCCAGAUGUCUAUCGAGGAAAAUACCGGAACUGCGAUUACCCUGCGGAUGAAGAUCUAGGUCAGCUGUAUGCUGACGAGGUUGCUGUACUGGUUAAACAAAACCCAAACAAAAUUGCAGCUUUUAUAGCCGAGAGCUUGCAAAGUUGCGGCGGACAGAUUAUUCCUCCUAGAGAUUACUUCAAGAAGGUUUACAAAUUUAUUCAUGAAGCUGGUGGCGUUACUAUUGCCGACGAAGUUCAAGUGGGAUUUGGCCGUAUAGGAACGCAUUACUGGGCAUUCGAAGCACAUGAAGUAGUCCCAGAUAUUGUUACCGUUGCUAAACCAAUGGGUAACGGACAUCCAGUGGGUGCUGUUGUAACCACACCGGAAAUAGCGGAAAGUUUCGCUUCAACAGGUGUGUGUUAUUUCAAUACGUAUGGCGGAAAUCCCGUUUCGUGUGCAAUCGCGAAUGCAGUUAUGCGUGUUAUCGAUGAGGAAAAUUUACAACAGAAUGCAUUGCAUGUAGGCAACUAUUUACUGGAACAAUGCCAAAUAUUAAGUAGUGAACACAAAUUCAUAGGAGAUGUUCGUGGAACAGGACUUUUUGUUGGAAUCGAGUUGGUAUCGAAUCGAGAAGCACGAACUCCUGCUACAGAGAUCGCUAAAGCUGUUGUGCAACGAAUGAAAGACACUCAUAAAAUUCUCGUGAGCAGUGAUGGACCAGAUGACAAUGUUAUUAAACUGAAGCCCCCAAUGGUAUUUAAUGCAAAAAACGCAGAGGAGUUCUUGACAGGCUUUCGAGAGUGUUUAAUGUACCUGGAAAGCAAAGAAAAAUCUGAACCUGAUGCCGAGAUACGUUCAUACGCUUCGGUCACGCCAUCAAUGGCAAAUAACUUGUGUUGUCCCACAAGUGGCGCUAUUAGUGAAAAACGUGAUAAACUCAUUAAAUCUGUCUAAUAUAAAUUUGAAACUGUUAUUUUGAUGAUUAUUUUCGUAAAAAUAAAUUUAAAAAAUCCCUCA